AUGGAAACCUACGAACCAAGCGGGGCUCCCACCCCAACCCCUACCCCUGCUGCUGAAGGCAGCUCUUCUAGCACCUCUACUGCAGCUCCUGAUGCUGCGCAACAGUGGUUCGAGGGCUUUAGCCGCGCUGUGCAGAAGCAGCUGCAGGUGCAGGAGAGUCUCAUGCGGCAGCUGAUGACGGACAUUCAGGAGUACCUCACCGAUGCCCUCGGCUGGAACGAGAAUGGCUCCUCUGCUUUAGAAAGAGUUAAUGCAAUGUUGGAGAUGAUCAGUAGCCGCAUGGCUAUUACCCGCGAGGCAGCAACCGAUAUGGUUUCGACUGCAGAAGCAGAAGAACAGGCGGCCCGAGAAGCCUCUCGUAAGGUCAUGAGAGAAGUCAGGGUUCAAGACAUCGUAGUAGACGCACUUUGGGCCUCUCUGCGGGGUGUACAGGCAUCUGCCUGGAUGGGCGGCAUUGGAGGACAUGUUGAAGAGGCCGAUGUCUUCAAUGCAGCUAACAGAGCAGCAGAAGAAUUCCUCGCUCGAAUGUACCACAACCUCAGAGCUGCAGGAAUCGCAGAAGAAGACAUCGUCAAGUAUGUGCCUAAGACUGUAAUAGAGGAAACCAUCAGCAGCAGUCCUACACGCAACAUGGGCAGUAAGAGCAGAGGGUACAGCUACUACAACUACGGUUACAGAUAUCCUCAUUACACCUAUGGCUAUGCACACCCCUAUCCUACCUUUUACAGCUACCCUACUGUAGCUUACCCCCGUUAUACAUAUAACUACAGCUGGGGGUACCCAAUGCAAUCCUCUUUUGGCUGGAGCAGCCCUAGGUUCUUCAGCAGCAGCUGCAGCACCUGCAACGAGUGCAGCAGCAGACUCCCCCUCCCAGGCGAGCCUCUCAUGCACGAGGUUGAACCCAUUCACCACCGCAGGCUAGGCGAAGAGGGGCCCAUGAUGAUGGGGGGGGUUCCCUUUGGGUACAACUCACAUAUGAUGCCAACCCCACAAGCCUACCCUAACAAUUACAACUCAUACUACAACUACAACUACAACAGCUUUCCUCCUACUAUGAACUCUCGUUACAACACAAUGCCAUUUGCUGCAAACAACGCUAACUACCCUCAGCAACAGGGCCCAACAUCAGCAGCAGCAGCAGCAGCAGCGCAGCAGCAACCCCUAGGACGCAUGGGCUCUCUUGGCUCUCCUUACGGGUAUGCCGUCACUCCUAACAGCGGCUAUCAACAAACAACCUUUAGAAACCUCGGAGUCUGGGAGGGACCAGAAAUGAUCAAUGAACCCUUCGUGCCUUUCGUUCCUUUCGGGAUGGUUGAACCGUGA